AUGAAGUCUACUGAUGCAGAUGACAGAGUAUUGUUUACAGACAUUUACUGUAAAAUCUGCAAUGCACAGUUAAUUUCUGAAUCACAAAGGGUUGCCCAUUAUGAGAGCAAAAAACAUGCCAACAAAGUCAGACUGUACUAUAUGUUACAUCCGGAGGAUGGAGGACCUCCCUCAAAGAAACUUCGACCCGAUGAUCCGGAAAGUGAUGAGACUGAAGUCGACAAAAAUAAAUGCUGUACCCUGUGCAACAUGUUUUUCACAUCUGCCAUUGUUGCUGAAUCUCAUUAUCAAGGAAAGACUCACGCAAAACGUGUGAAACUUGUGCUCGGGGAGAUACCAACUACACCAGCCCAAACAGUACCAGCCCGAGAGAGGAGCGAUGGUAACCCACCCAGCCUGAUCCUAAAUCAAGAACAAGACGAGCCCUUUCCUCAUGUCCAAAUGACUGAACCUGCUCCAGAGACUACAGAACAAACAGAUGUCAGUAUACAAGAAGAGGACACCCUUUGCAUAAAUAGCAUAGGAACUGAAUCUCGGAAAUUUUGUGACAUGUGCAGAGCCUGGUUUAACAACCCACUAAUGGCUCAGCAACAUUAUGAAGGCAAGAAACAUAAAAAGAAUGCAGCAAGGGCAAAGUUACUACAAAGACUUGGUGAAAUCUUGGACUCAGAAGCUCUGGAAGGUCAGUAA